AUGACUACUGAGGUUCUAACAGGUUCAACCAAAGCUCCGGAAACUCCACUGAAGGCUGUUACGACUGUCACUCCAGAACCUUCGCCAAGAUUUGUAGUCAACAAUUCUGAUGGUGAGCCGUGCAUGUUACUUAAUUUCGAUGCCACGAUGAAAGUGAAGUAUGAAACUACGGACGGAGGGUGGCUGGAAUCAACGCUUCCCAUGACGAACACAUCAUCAUUUGAAGGUUCUUGCGCCAACAAUAGUUUGCGAAGCUUCACGCUUUAUUACCCCAGUGAGGAUACGUUCUGCGCCAUACUAACUCUGUUUUUUAACGUGACAAGCAACACGACCUAUUAUAAUCGUAACGGACUUUCAGUGAGGUACAUCGAACCGUGUGUUCAGCAAAAUGCGAAAAAAUACAAUACUAUUGACAACGGUUAUUUUCCAUACCACUCGUACGAUGGAACAAUUGGUAAGAGCUUCAGGUGCGAGUCUAUAUUAAACAAGGCGAAGUAUUUCAACGUGACUCUUGACAACAUUCUGAUCCAACCAUUCGCACAGAAGUCAGAAGACAAAGGACACUUCGGAGAGGUCGAAACCUGCAAAGAGCCUGUGCUGACAACGAAGAAUCCGAUCGUCACAUCGCCCCAUCCAACUGCCAAGCCCAGCCCUAAUAAGGCCGGCAUGAUUGCUGGCAUUGUCAUUGGUGUCCUGGUCGCUGUCGCUAUUGUCAUAGGUAUCGCCGUCUACGUCGUCAGGAAACGACGAAUGGCAAAAAACGUGUCCUAUGGAAACUUAUAAAUCAGCAGCUUUGUCUUUUAUAUAAAACAGAAGAUCGCUCGGCCACAUUGAGUAACCAGGGCAAAUGCAAGCAUUACUUUUAUUACCUUUAAUUUUUAGACAGAUUUUGAAAUUAAAAUGGCUUUAACAACGCAUUUGUUAUUACUGUUUUAAUUUCGGGUCUUUUAAAGUCGGGUCAGAAUAGAGCCCCCAUAUGGAAAAACAAAACUUAUUGAAAAGCCGUCUCCGAGGGGGGUAUAGGCCACGCCCCGAUGAUUUGGCUACUGUAGACAACUGCAACAGUUUAUGGAGCACGCUUCAGCCUAGUUAUUUUGAUCUGGAACAUCUACUCAUUUCGGUCAUCCGAUUACCCUGUAAUCAAAAAUGGGAUCUGUAUUUCAAAACUUACCUGUCGUGGUCACGUGACGUCGGCUUCCGCUUGGAACUAGCACUACGUCCCUUCCCCCUAAACAAAAACAGUAAUUAAUAAGAUAUAAAUUCACUUUGGUUAUGUGUAUAUAUAUGACUACGAUGGUUUUAAAGAUAUUACUCAUUAAACUCGGUGAAAUCAGUUUAUUAAAAUAGGAACAUUGCGCGUCCGUUUGUAGUGAGGUGCAAUUAACAUGAUGUUUUCAACGCGACCUUUAAAGUAAGAAAAACGCAAUGCUUGUUGAAUUAUUUCAUGUAAUAUUUAGAUAAAUCCUAGUUUUCGAUGGGAGACGAUCACUUCCCUUCUUGACCUGAGAUUUAAACCUGUCAAUUUGCAAAAAGCAAUGUUGUCGGCCGAUCCUGUUGUAAUUUGUUUGUUUGUUUUUUUGUACUUGAAUCGAGGGAGUACUUUUAUAGGGUACAAACGCAUUGUAUAAAAACACGUACCUACAUCGAAGUUCAAACAUUCGGUUAUACCUUUAUAUAUAUUUUCAAUCCUUGAAAAGUCACUUUUGUGUUCUGUUUAACUUUAUUUUUCAAUUUUCAUUUUGCCAUUUUAAGGGUAUUUUGGUGCCUCUUAGGUUUUUAUGCCAAUAUAUAUUCAAAUUUCCAUAUUCAUGUGCGAAAGUGUGAUGUAAUUUCAGGUAGAAACCUCAAUGUUAUAUAUAUCAGCAUCAAGGGUUGGCAGAAUUUUGAAUGUUUGCGGUCCUUAAUUGCCUUUACGUAAGCCUGUGAACAAAGUGUACUUCACAAAUGCUUUCAGUGAUCAAGUUUUCGGGUCACACUUUGAACAGAAACCCCUAAGCUGAACAGUGUGAAAUUAUAUCAGGGCAACAGCGCCCUCGGUUGUCAAGAAAUGCAUGGAAAAUUCUAAAUGAUUAAAGAAGGGUACAAUUUUCAGUAACAAUUAAAAGGAUGUCAAAUGUUGUUCAUACUUAAAAAAGGAGCACAAAGGUGCACACGGUCUCAUGAACCCUUGAGGUGAUUCAAUAAAACAAGAAGUCUUUUAACUCAAUUAUA